AACAGUAAAUACUCGGGGAAUAAGCGCGGACUUCAGUAAUCAGAUCAUGCGCUAUACCGGACCCAUUCAUUGUUUCCAAAUAAUAGAUUACAGAAAUUUUAAACUAUUCAGUGCUAAAAGGGGCGUUUAAAUGGCUUUGUCUUAUUGCAAAAGCUGUUUCAAUACAAUAGCAGCGGUUUGUUUAUUUUAUUUUGGAAUUUAUUUGAAAUUCUUGUAUUGUGUGUUUGCAGAGGAGAACAUUAAAAAAUAACAAUUUAUCAGAGAGGAUGGUAUUGAACUAAUAUGAUACAUAGAGAGUGUUUAAUGGAAACUUUCAAAUUCGAUUAAUUUAUCAUUUCAAGACUUCACCAGGUUACUAAAUUCGUCACAUACACUGCAGUGUAGACCUCAAUGAAUGUGAUUAAGAAUUCCACUUAAACUUCGAUCUUGGAAUAGGAUGGACACGAGUUAAUUUGCAAUUUUGAGACAGCUAAAAUUUUAUCAUGGAAUUGUGAACGCAUGGAUUCAAUUUUAGUCUAUAGUCAAGUGUCUUUAGUUUGCACAGUGUGAAGUUUAAGAGCGAUUUUAAAGUGAUAUACAUUAUAUCAGCAAUGGCUUUUCUGUGUCCAAGUCGAGUUGGUCGAGGCACUAAAGAGAAGAAAAGGAAAGUGGCAUCGUCCCCAAUAUUCGGUAGAAUUACGGGGAGCGACAGUGUGGAUACCCUUGUCCGAGUCGGUUUGGAGAAACAGCACGGACUACCUCCCAAUGCCAAAAUGGUGGUCCUGCAGGAUUUUACGCCACAGGCUGAGAGAGAGAUGGAGGUCAAACGAGGACAAGAAGUAUUCCAGCUUUAUAAAGACAAAGACUGGUCCUAUGUCAUCACAGUGGAUGGACGGGAAGGGUUCAUCCCGGAAUCGUAUUGUUUGGGAGUAUCCAACUCACCUAGCAUACAGUCCAAACCUAAAAGCAAAGACUUGCCGUGGAAUUCCGGCGAAUACAAAUCUUUUGAUUCUUUCGACUCGGAUUCUUUCUUUUCAUGUACAGAUGAUUAUGUAAAUGACAUUGCAGAAAAUGCGCAAAACUCUGCUGCUCUUAACCCAUUAAAUGUAGUAGACUACCAGAAUGUCACCGUAACACCAGAAGUAAGGCCAUUCCGGAAGACCUCUCAUGGACACUUCAUUGUGCUGUUUGACUUCACGGCUCUCGAUGAGAACGAUGUAUCCGUGGAACGGGCCGAACUUCUCGAUGUUCUGAACAUAGAAGAUCCAGACUGGUCCUGGGUCCGUAGAGGGAACGGGGAAGAAGGAUUUGUACCCAAGUCCUACAUAUGUCCAGUGGAACCACUCAAAGCUCAAGAAAAAAUGCUGGCACUUCAGAAUAAACAGAAGCGAACAAGCACUCCGACAAUACGUCAACCACUCCUUUCUAAUCUUUCGCCAAGACGGUAUUCCCAGUCAAGCGAACCUCCAGCCCUACCUCAACGAAAUCCCCUACGAACUGCGGUGUUAAGAAGCCGUUACAACGAACUCGACCAAGAGUCAAAUUACUCGGACACACAGAAAGAACAACAUCGGUCAAACUCAGCAAACAAACAGAAUGCCGACAAAUUUUCGGUUUUAAGGUCCCCAUUGGCAACAUCAUCCGGGGUCAAAAGGUCCAGCUCCCCUUCAAGAGUUUCUAGAAAUUCAGAAACAAUUUAUCAAGGGGAUGAUUCCACUCAUUCACCACCUUUGAUUGUGUAUGACAGACCCUAUUCUCAAAGAGUAACAAAUCGAAUACCCUCUCCAAAUUCACUUCCUGUCUACUCAGAAACAGCCAACCAGAACACGCGACAGCGUGCGCGGUCUGCUUCACCAGCUACCUCUGUUGGUUACGAGAAUGAGCGUUCAAAAUCAGCUUAUGGUACCAGCGUUUACGCCAAUUCCAGCACCAAUAUUACUAAAAAUACGUUACUUUCUUUAUCUGAUCAAAAUCUGUACAAGAGAAAUAAACAAAGUGAAGAGAGUGUCAAUAAAUACAAUUCAUACCAAAAUUUGUCAUCGGGAACUUACAGUGUAGCUAAGAAUGAACACCCUGGUAUGGACAUCAGCAAUUCACCAAAUGCAGCGAUAACUAACCAAUCGAAUUCCUUAGCACAUAUCAAUGACGCUAAUGCAGGAACAACUAACCAAUCCAAUCCCUUAGUACAUUACAGCAAUAUCCAAUUAGGGUCAUCACACGAUGAAAGAAACACGACUAAUGGGAACCUCCAAUCAUUCAGCAAGUCGGGCUCCGAACUCGUGAUGAUGUACAAUUAUAAUGAUGAGAACCGAGGAGGACUGAAUGUAAAACGGGGAGAACUUAUUUACGCUAACGGAGCAGAUCAGCAAGGAACAGAUUGGCUGUGGGUGUUCUACCCUCAAACGAAUCAGUAUGGCUAUGUGCCCAGGAAUUACGUGAAAUCAACACAAUUAAAGACUACUCUAUGAUCAUAAACAUUAAUUUUUUUGGAAUUUUUAUACAAUUUUAAGAUACGAGCAUCAUAAUAAAUGAUUUCACAGAGAGUUUUCUUGUAAUGAUGGCAUUGAUCUACAUGCACAUGGAUAAUGUUUUGUUGUUGCUGU